ACAUCAGCGGUGGGCCGCUUCUGGACCUUCCGUGAUGGGUUGAAUCAAAUCGUGCGCACGACCUCGAUUAUCCUGCCAGUUACCCGCCUCCGUGGCGGUGAACAGGAACACCGGCCAGUUUAGGUGACCGGCCGUACGUUGGUGAACUGGCCUAAAGGCCUAGGACACCGGCCUAAUUUACUGCGGGGGCAUUACGGCCCAGCAAAGUGACGGCCCACACAGGCGAUGAAACCUCCGCCGUGUGGCCGUCUUGUCCCAGUGUUGUUGCCACGGACCACGGUGAGCCAUCUCCCGCAGCCGCGCCGCCGAGCGCCCUCUUGGCUCUUUCGGUUCCAGGCUCCCAGCUCGCUCUCCCUGGGCAGUCGCCGGCGAUGGCCGGGCGUACUCCCCGGGCCCCGGUGUCCUCUCUGAAGUGGCGACAGCGGGGGCAACCAAGCCGCACCCCCGCCGCCAUCAACGACAGGUGCUCCAUCGUAUCGCCCCCACGACCCUCCUCGCCGCCGAUCAAGAUCAACAUAAAGGCUUGGCUACGAAGUUUCCCUUUCUGCUGGCCACUGCUUGCAGUUGAGGUAAAGAUGCUGAAGAACAUUUUAAGCCAGUCAUGGAGGAAAGGUGCACAUGUGCUCCAAGCAGGAAAUCCAGCACCGGCACUAUAUACAUGCUGGAGUCGAUUUCACAGUGGACAGAUCUUAAGCUCUUCCAGGAGCUUCUUUGGCGUGGAGGACUUUGUGGAUGAAGACAACAGUAGACCCUACACAUACAAGAAGGAAAAGAGAUCGAAGAACCCACACAAGCACAUUUCUUUCAAGCAGCGCACCAUCGCGCACAUGGAGCCCUUCACGCUUGACGUCUUCAUUUCCAAGCGCUUCGUCUCGGCGUCUCUCACGCACCGUUCGACGUGCAGGCAGGUCGCGGUCGCCGGGACCAAUUCGAAGGACAUCAAGGCUGCGCUCAAGUCGAGGUCCGACAUACCAGCCUGCCUGGCCGUGGGCCGUUUCCUGGCGGAGAGGGCGAAGGAGGCCGAUGUCUACACCUGCACCUACACGCCGAGGGAGCGGGAUAGAUUUGAGGGGAAGAUUAGGGCCGUUGUCCAGUCACUGAUCGAUAACGGGAUCAAUGUGAAGCUCUACCUUGACUGAGCUUUUGCUGUAUGGAACUAUGGAUUACUCUUCCGGUACUUGCAAAAUGAGCAGCCUGUCGCAUGGUGUUCUGCUAUCAUGGCCGCGAUCACUACCACCCUGUUGUAACUAUUUCUUUUCUUAAUAUAUCCAGUAGGGGAUAAUCCCCUCCUGUUACAUCAAAAAAAAAA